AUGGCUGAGUUAAAGUAUGCACUUAUGCUGCAAGCCACGCAGACCGAAGAAGCCAAGAGAGCUCGUCAGCGAGAGCAUGUUAAGAACAGCUACUACCGGAAGCAGAACAUGUUAAAGGCGUUGCGUCAGGAGGCGAAAGAGUUGGAGCUCCAGUACUCGCGUACACUCCAGCUAAAGCAGCAGCAAAUGGAGUGGUGCGAGAUCGCUGGGGCGUUGGGCUCUGCCGAAGAGCGUAACUAUUCAGACGACCUGGUCGAGCAGUACAUGCAGCUCUCCCUCAAGAAGCAACAACUGGUCCAAGAGAACAAGGAGCUGGCACUCUUAGCGUCAAAGUUCGCCAAGUUCCAUGUCAAGACGCAGCAUCUACUGGACUCCGAGCCCAAGGUGACGCUGGAGCCACCUCCCAUUACGGUAACCGAUGUGGCCUUGGAGCCUUUGACGGUCUCUGAUUGUCACCAAAUUGCCAGUCAAGCAUAUAAAGAGAUCAAGAAAUUUAUGGCAGACAACAGCUACCUCACCACGGGUCUCGAGGUCUUCGGGUGGCAAGAACAGCGGCGUGAGGCUUCGGAUCAUGUCAAAUUCACACUCAAGAAGCGAUUUGUCGGUAGUAACCCAUUGGAAAUGUCGACGCGUGCUUGGCGAGUGGUAUCUUCUCCACGAGGUCUAGCGGGACUGUAUUCGUCCGCGAUGCAUUUGUCGAUGAAGGUACUUCAAGUCGUCGAUGACCACAACGUUAUCAUGUAUCGCAUCAUCACAAACACGAGUACGAUGGAAGCCGUUCAGUCAUUGUUCUUGCUCUCCCGGUUUCAGAUGGACACCGGAUAUGUCAUUCUCUUCCGGUCUGUAGAUCGCAAUCGACUGCGGAAAGUUCGUCCAGACGGUACUGUCGGAGAUUCAAAUGUCCAAGUUGGAAAGAAACAAGACAAGUGGCUGGACAUGUUCACUUGGACUCUGUUCGAAGGUGAUCCGGAUAUUGAAAAUGCAGUUAUCUUCAGCUAUGGAGGUAUCGUGUACGGCACUGUAGCUGUUGCUACGCGGAUGUGGAUGCUUGAGAUUUUGUCGCUUGCCUUACGGUGGGAGAAUAAGGUUGUGGGGCCCACAUUACUGUUGAGCGGGUGA